GUCACGGAAGGGUUGUCGCGACCGGCGAAGGCGGCAGACGCAAGGGGUGAACCUCCUGCAGAGGACGAAAUCAGGGUCGAAGACAGGCGCAUCCAAAGAAUUGGUCACAAUGGCGGCUACGAUGGAUCAUGCAAGAUCAACGAUAUCCAAAAUUUUCUGCGGAGAGCCGCGCUCCUACAUGCGCUUCAACCUGGCCCAGAACAUCGAGGGGGACAGCAGCCAGGUGGAGAUGAAGCUGUCCAACGACGACGAGGAGGCGCCCAACUCCGAGGGGGCCCCCCGUCACCAGGACACCUACAGCCGCAGGCCCUCACGCCCCGCCAAAAACGUCAUCUUCUACGUCAUCGGCGUGCUCCUCAUCUUCGUCAUUGGAUAUCUGAUUGGCUACCUGACCAACCGCAGGCAGGAUUUGAAAACCGUUGACUGCAGCUCUGACUCUGACUCUGACUCCGACCCUGAAAAUCAGCCCGUCACACCGAGAGCGACCGCGAUCGAAGCUGAGCCCACGCUGGACUGGAGCGAUAUCCGGAACAUUCUGAGAGGGAAGCUGUCUGCCGAGGCCCUCCGGGGCCGCCUUCGUGAAUUCUCUCUGAGCAGCCACGAGGCAGGAAGUAAGGAGGAUGAGCUGCUGGCAAACACAGUGUUUUCUGCCUUCAAGACGUACAACAUGAAUCCCUGGACUGACGAGCACUUCGUCAAGCUCCAGAGCCUUUCCAGUGGCUCCCCUAACAAAGUCCGGUUCGGCGCAGAGGAGAUCGGCAGACCCGCGGGAUACCUGGCGUACAGUGCGAGUGGCACGAAAGAGGGAAGGGUGGUGUACGCCCACUAUGGCCAACCAGAAGACUUCAAAUACGUGGCAGAUAUGAAAAUUGACCUGGCUGGAUCCGUCGUCCUGCUCCGAGCUGGCAAAAUAAGCUUUGCAGAGAAGGUUGCUAACGCGGCCAAGUUGAAAGCGGUUGCCGUGCUGAUCUACCCAGACCCUGUCAACUACAGCAACAUCCAAAAUGAAGCCCUCUACGGUCAUGUCCAUUUGGGGUCUGGAGAUCCUUUCACCCCUGGGUUCCCCUCCUUCAACCACACCCAGUUCCCCCCGGCACAGUCCUCGGGUCUGCCAGGAAUCCUGGCCCAGACCAUCACCGUUGAAAUGGCUGCUAAAAUCUUCCAGAAAAUGGGUGGUGCCAACGCUCCCAGUUUUUGGGACGAGGGGCGUCUGCCUGUGGUGUACAAGCUGGGAAGCGAGAACGACACCGUCUCUGUGGAGGUCAACAACGUCCUGGCGGAGAAGAUGAUCCACAACGUGUUCGGAGUCAUUAAGGGAUUUGUGGACGCAGAUCGGUAUGUUGUGAUCGGUGCCCAGAGGGACUCCUGGGGUCCUGGCUAUGCCAAGUCAACCGUGGGCACCACCAUGCUGGUGGAGCUGGCCCGUGCCAUUUCAGACAUGGUGGAACAUGAUGGUUUCAAGCCCAGAAGAAGCAUCGUCUUUGCCAGCUGGAGCGCUGGGGAGUAUGGGAGUGUUGGCGCCACCGAGUGGCUGGAGGGCUAUUUGGCUUCAUUAAAUAUGAAGGCUUUUACCUACAUCAAUCUGGAUGGUGCUGUGACUGGGUCUCAAACCUUUAAAGCAGCGGCCAGCCCUUUGCUGUAUCGGCUAAUUCAGACAACGCUGAGAGAGGUGAUAAGCCCGAAGGCCAGCGAGAAGACCCUGUUUGAAGAAGUGUCUGGAUCGAACUGGGAGCUGUCAGUGAUGGAGCCCAUGCGGAUGGACGACUCGGCCUACCCCUUCACGGCGUUCUCUGGCAUUCCCUCUGUGUCCUUCCGCUUCACUAAGAGCGCAGGGGAGUACGAGUUCCUCGGGACAGCGCAGGAUAACGAGGAGAGGCUGAGUUCCGCCACGGAGGGGCGCACGGCUCAGUUCGCCGCGUCGGCCGCGCAGUUCGCCGGUCAGAUGGCCCUCCGGCUGGUUCACGACCACCUGCUGAGGCUGGACGUGGAGCGGUACGGCAUCAAGGUGCGCUCAUACGUGGCCCAGAUCAACCGCCGCAUCGACCAGCUUCGCCAGUCCAAUGUGGUCUCCGCCGGCAAGCUGGAGGCGCUGACGGUCAACUGGUUGGCGUCCGCCGUCGGGUCCUUCCGUCGCGCUUCCAGCGCCAUCAUCUCAGACAUGCAGAACAGCGACCUGAACGACGUGGAGACCUGCCGCAUCAUCAACGACCGCCUCAUGGGGGUGGAGCACAACUUCCUAUCGCCUUACGUGUCGGCAAAGGACGUACCCUUCCGCCACGUCGUGUUCGGCUCCGGCAGCCACACCCUGGCUGCCCUGGUGGAGCACCUCAACGCCCUCAAAAUGGAUGCGCCGGAAUCCGACACAGACCUCUUCCGGAACCAGUUCGCCCUGGCCACCUGGACCAUCCAGGGUUGUGCCAACACCCUCGCUGGCAACGUGUGGGCGUUGGACAACGAGAUCUAAGCCUGGCACCUCUCACCCCUAGCGCAAAACGAAACGCCCAGUUGUUUUUUUUGUGUUUUUGGUUUUU